GUUUGUUUUUAUAACUUAUUUGCGGUAUGAGCGUUUUUAACUGUUGUUAUAUGCUUUCAAUGUCUGAGGAUGAUAAAUGUUUAUGACAAAAGCCCUAGUUACCGCACUUCUUUUCGAGCUGCCGACUUUUAUUCCCUUUUAUCAGCUUAUGAUGAAACAGUUAGUAGAAACCUUGGGAUAUCUCAUAGUAGUCAAGAUGAUGUAAAGAAAUCAUUCGUUUUUCAAGGUAAAGUAAAAAACCCUAGAAAGAACAAGGAUGAAGGAUCGUUUUCAAAAGAGAUCAGUAGUUCUGACUAUCAUAAACCCAGAACGUUUCAACAUUUAUUAGUAAACAGCGAUGUUAAAGAGUAUUCGAAACCUAAUCCUAUAAUUUUUAAUGACCUUUGCCAACAAAGUCUAACAGGAUUUAGUUGUUCACUUCCACAGGCACUGGAGAAAAUUAGUUCUGACAUACAUAAUACAAAAUUUUGGACUGAUUUACAGACAAACAACAGUUUAAGUAUAAACAAAGACUUGCCAAAAUUUUCAAAUAAACAUCAAGUAAAAUUGUUAGACCAUUUAGAAAGUACAAGGGGGUCUAAUAUAGUAGUCAGACAAGUUGACGCGACUGCUGAAACGAUGACUAUUGGAUUACCUAACUGUCGAGCUUUACCAUCCGUCCAGAAAACACCUAGGAUAAUACGUGCAAGGAUAUUUUUUAAUCAAAUAAAAACUGGGUUAAAAGAACAUAUUGAAUGGCAUACAACCCAAUUACAACAAGCAGAAUUAGACCAGGAUGUAAUAUCAGCUAAUAAGGCAUUAGAAAAUGUCAAUCAAUUACAGCAUAGGUUGAAUACAAUUCGUUGUCUUGAACAUGAAUAUAUGAAACAUUGGAAGCUAUACAGAGAAAUCCGAGCACGUUCACAAGGUGAAUUUUAUUGUGAUCAAGUUAACAGUGGUAGUAGUGGAAGUGGCAAAAGUGGUGAAGAAAGUAUUCAGUUAAGUCAGUGUUCAACAAAUAUGAACAAUUCAUCACUUUUAUCUAAAAAUAAACUAAGCAAAUCAACAUUAGCUUUAACUGGAUUUAAUGGAUCAGAUAAUAUUCAACCAUCCACUACCACUGUCAAUACAACUAAUUCCUAUCAAAUUCAUUCUCAACAUAAUAAUAAUAGCAUUUGUGACACAACAAAUUAUUUACCAACCAUAAUAGAAAAACGUCCAAAAUAUUCUUCCUUAUUGAAUUUAAUACGACAUAAAUCAAAGAAAACGACAAAUAAUUAUUUAUUACAAAAUGAAAAUCGUCCACGUGCUGCUACAACAGCGUCACCUGUAACAACAACUGCGGUAGAUCAGAAGCAUUCAUUCUUACACUUGAAUAGACCAAGUAAUUUAGAUUUAACAACAACUCAUAUACCAUUGAAAAAAUCUGCUACUCUAUUAACUCAUAACAAUAAUAGCCAUUACAAUAAGGGGUUAAGUAAAUCCAGGAGUAAUGCACGUGAUUUAGUAACUAAUGAUGCUAGUUUUAAACAGCAACAGGAAGUUUUAUUGAAAAGUUUAUGUCAAAUAGAAGCUCAAACAGAAUAUUUAUCUGGUACACUGAUAUGCGAAGUGAUUGGAGUCAGUGGCUCAGUCUCCUCGUUAUCAAAAGAUGUUUUCAGGAUAUCACUUAAAUAUGAUACACCAGUAUUGUCUUCAAUAUAUGAACUAAAAAGUGAUAAGGAAUUGCCAGAUGUUGAAUCACUGUAUACAUCAACUGUUCCUUUAAACCAGAAAGGUGGUUCAAAUGAUAAAUGGACAAUUACUGGUCGUCUCUUUUCUUCUUCAUCAUUUUCUCCCUCCUCUUCUGCACAGAUUUCUAAUUCGUCGAAAUCAUCAGCUCACUUCCAAGCAACUUACUUAAAUGAUGUAAAUUUAAAAUUUCCUGAACAAAAAUGGGAUCAAACUAAGCAUAUUUUCAGUCCAACAAUUGGUGAUGUAUUAACAAUAAAAGUAGAUUUCAUGCGACGGUUCGGAAAACCAGAAACUCUUAUACAACAGGCAUGUGAUAUAUUAAAACUAAUCAAUUUGAAAGGUCAUCAUAUAUCAGUCGGACUAAAAAAUUUCACUGAUCUCCAAUUUCAUUUUAUUCUCAAAUGGUGCCCAUUAGCUGAUACUAAAGAUGAUCGGAUGUUGUUUUACAAUUUAUCAACUAUUCAAUUAAACAAUUUCCUAGAUGAACAAAGACAAAGAACUUCAAGUGUUAAAAUGAUAUUAGAUGAAGGAGAGAUAAAUAAUUAUUCAUCACCCAAAAUGGAUUAUUCUAAUAUUAAACGAUAUCAUACAAAUUUAAUAUCAUCUGAAUUCGAUAAUAGAUAUAAUGAACCACAACAACUUCGUCAUCAUUAUCAUCAUCAUCAUCAUCAUCAACAACAACAAUUAACUAAUUUAAUAAAAACUGAGACAUGUUCCAGUGAGUUUAUUAUUCCACAAGAUAAUUCAGAUUCUAGUGAUUUAGAAAAUAAAGGAAGUGUAACAAUCCUAACAGUCCGGUCUAAUAGAAGGACCCCUAGUCGGUAUGGUGAACAGAAUAAAUGUCACUCAAAACUUCCGAAGUGGAUUUCUUUGCCAGAUCUUGAAACCCAUGAGCUGAGUGAACCAGAAUUGAUGUCACCAGAAAUCAGAAUAAUUACUGUACGUACUCAUCAGAAUCACGAAAACAGAGGUCAUCAAAAUAACUAUGUUGAUAUUGCAGACACCAACAUUAUUAAUACUACAAAUAGUCAUAAUAAUUAUUAUGAUAACAUGGACAAUCAUACCUAUAUUUCCGAAUCAAAUACAGAAGACAUAGAACUAGCGCAAGAAAGACAAAUAGAACAACCAGUACCUAUCAACGAUAAAACAUCUGUGAAAAUCAAUACAAUACAAACAGCAGAAUCGAUAUUGUUGAUAUCAAAACCUACAAAUAACCAAUUAUCUGAACAUUUAAGUAAAUUAAAAGACAAAGUUGAUAUUAAAAUAAGAAUACAUGAUGAUCCUACAGGACUACUCAAAGAUUUAGAUAUGGCUAUUACAAACCUUGUUACACAAUUAGAGAACAAUUCACGUUGGUUUAAUCAACUUUACGUUUCAAAUAAAGCUCAAAAUCCGAAGUCCAUUAUUUCUUCACCAGUAAAACAAAUGGAGAAAAAUAUUGACGAAAAAAACACUCUAAAAUCCUUAUGGGAAUCAUUGGCAUUUUUAGAUGAACCAGAAAAAUCGUUUGAUGGUUAUAUUGAAGACGGAUCAACAUCAUCUAUAUCAGGUUCUUCCCAUUCAGUUAGAGUUUUUGAAAAGACAGAUAUUUAUGCAUGUGAUAGUGAUCAGAUUAUCAAAACUACGGGUUGGAGACAAUUAGAUUUAGCAUUGAUAUGGCAUUUGAACUAUACCAUACGUUUACUUGACAAAGUGUAUCCUGAUCACUUGUAUGUAAGCAGCUCACAAACAUUAUUAUCAGCUCAGUCGUCUGUUUCUGAUGUUUCUGACAAAACAAUAAACUAUACACACAAUGGAUCAUUGAGUUCAGUGCGUAACUCAGUUCAUUCAGCUUGGUCUACUUUGCCUUUAUUAGAGCAGGUAGAAUUCUUUAAUGAGGUUGAGAGCCUCUGUCAGGGAAUUAUUGAUGAUCUACAAACGGUUGAAUCUAACUAUUUAUUGAAAGUUUGUGGGGAUGGAAAACCAUACUCUACUUUAAGGUUUACAUGUUUUCUUUCGAAGUUAAUUUGGCCUGUAGAAAAUAAUAACACUGUAACUUUGUCAGAUGAUUUAUCUUCACCACAAAUCAUUUUUGAUCGUGAUGCAUUUCGUGAAACUUUACUAAGAUUUUAUGAAAAGGAUGUGGUUCCUAGAUGGUCGAAAGAUAUGGCUAACGGAGUAAUCGACCAUUUUAUAGAAGAUGUGUUGGACCUUCAAGUGAAUGGUUCUGAAUUAUCUACUAUUCCCCUGACCCAUUUAAAUUUACGUCUAAAACUUUCUGAAAGAAUGGAAUCCACUGUUUUAUCAAAUCGUUUAUCAGAUCAGCAUAAUCGAGAUCAAUUAAAACAGUUUAAUGUUUAUUUUAUACAACUACUUUCUUAUUUAGCUGGACAAUGUUAGUGAAACCUUACUCUACCUAUUAAUUUUAUCUGUGCAUAUAUAAUUCGCUGGUAAUCAUAAUUACUAUUGGUUUUAGAAAAAAAUCUUCAUAUAGCUUUGAAUAAAACUGACGUCAGCAUAAAGUAUUUACAAGAAUUUAACUUCACAAAACAGACAUAAUGUAGAUUUAUUGCUUAGGCCAUUCUAUAGAAAUAUCAGAUCGACCUAAAGGUACUAUCAGUCUAAUCUGAUUAGUAGGAUGUACGUAAGAUUUUAAUAAAACUUAUAAUUACAGUAGGGUUCAAAUUCAUGUCAUGCAGCACCACAUGCAGAGAUAAUACCAUCGUAGUAUUUUGUUCUUGACUUACCUCACGUAUUACUGAAAGUUACACUGAUUGAUCACUGAGUAAUAACCACUGUCUAAUGAUAUGUUGUAUAAAUUUUUGGGAUAAUUGUAUUGAAUGAUGAACAUUUUAAAUAUUAAUUCAUGUGUUCUGAGCUGGUGAAAUUUUCGUCUACUGUUUAUCUACUUUAUUUGAAUUAGGCUACUACUACACGGUUGAAAAAAGCUAAAGUUGGUGGAAAAAGUCAUCUAAUUCAUCAUAUGUUUAGUACUAUUUUCGUAUCCUGAUAACUAAAGUUUUAGGAAUCUACUACACAAAGCUAAUUGGUCGUAAUUUAAAGAUUGUUUAAUGACGUUUUAAAAUUACAUUCUUGUUUUUUUUAAAUAAAGUUAUAUAUAAGUUUAUAAAAGAUGAAGGAUCACUUUCGGCUACUUGAACAAGAUUGAAUCUUCUGUCUUUGUAGUUCCGAACAAAACAAACACUGUGCUGUACAAAAUUGUACUAAAAUAAUACAUUUUCUUUUCGAAUACUGACUGAAUCUAUGUAUUUAAUAUUCUACAAAGUCAAUAAUGAUUAAAUCUCUCAGUGACUUUUGAUGUUAGUAAAGAGUCAGAGAUUAAUUACACAAGACAGUUUAGUAUAUCAAUAUUUCCAGAAUAGUUUCUUUCAAAAAUACUUUUUAUUACUAAUAUAAUAGUUCAAAUAGCUUUUUAAAAUAUGCGUAGGACAUUCUAAAAUCCUACAGUGCAUCUCAAAUUAAAACCAAUAUGAAAAUAUGCAUAACAUGCAUUUUAACGGUAACAUUAUAGUGUAACAUUUAUUGUAGAAUAGAUUCAUUUAAACAGAGCAUUAUCGUGCAUGAAAGUGUUUAUAAAACAUCUAAUCAUUAUUAAAUAUUUCAUUUUUAUCAAUGUAAAAAUCUCAAGAUAGACCUUAGCAUACCAACUAACGAAUGUCUUAUUAAAACGUUGUCAAUUUCAUGAUAACCUUAAACCAUACAACCCAGCUACUUAUGAGUAGUAUAACACAAAAAGUAAACUUAGGAUAGAUACCUACCUAUUUCUUAUGCUGAUAUUAGUUAUUGUUACCUUUUAGUAUAUAUUCAGUGGAAUCUAGAAAAUGCUUAUUCCUCCCGUACCUUGUCAACCCUACCUUAUUUCACGAGAGCAUUACAACCAAUAUUUGGAUUAAAUGCUCUAUUAAGUGAUGCAGGAGUAGAUCCAAGUUAUCUGGAACAAAUAGAAUAUGGUCUAGAUAUGAGAAGUACUGAAUUGGCUGCUUGUCAUUCCACUCAGACGUGGUUACGAGUUGCUGAACUAGUAGGAAACCAUGAUGAAGAGAUUAAUAAGAAAGCAAUUAUGUUGUUAAAAUCAAUGAAUGAAAAGAUAUAUAAAUUUUUUCAACACAUAACAAAUUUAAAACAAAAGUUGCACUUAUCAAAUGAUGUACAAAUGCUUCAGGGAACAAAUAAUCAUAUUAAUGAUUAUCAUCAAUUAAUCCAAAAGAAUAGUAGAAAUACAAUUCGACGUCCUAUUUUUUAUUUAAUGGGACCACCUAUUCAUAUUCAAUAUUGUUUGAAUAAAAAUUGCAUUAAACAAAAUUUAAAUUCAUUAUCACCAAUAUGGAUUAGUAUGAUAUGGGGUUUAGAACAAAAAUCUAAUAUUAAACGAAUAGCUGCAUUAAAAGCAUUAACUGUACUCAUAGAAUCACAGAUAAACGAAACAAUAAAAACAACACAAAAUAAUAAUGCAAAUAAUAAAAAUUGUAAACUAUGUGGAAAUACAAAUGAUUCAAUUACAAAUUCAACAUUAUUACAACUUUUAAAUAAUAUGCAUUCAAAUGAUUCGGAUCCAUUGGUGAAGAAUUUAGCUGGACAAAUUAUUGACAGAAUUACUACAAGAUCUAAUACUGAAUCACAUAAUGAACAAAUAAUUAAACCUACUCGUCUCCUGAAAACAAUAUGGACUAAAUUCAGUACUGCAGAAAAUUUACCUUCCAAACCGUCAUAUAUCUUUCAACGAUAAUAACUAAGAUUCACAUUAAUCUACAACCAUUUUACAGUCACUGUAUUUUCAUACAUAGUUUGUACAGCUAUUUGUUUUAGUGCUGUAUGAUAACGAAAAUUCCGACUAGGAAAUAUUUACGCCUUUAAAAUUAGGAACAAGAACUAAGAUAGAUAAAGGCAAUGAAAGGAGUUAAACCACG